CUCACUACUAACGGCGACCUGCUGCCUUCCACAUCUGGAGCCGCUGUACGAAACCAGAAACUUGCACAUCCACGCUGCGCGUUUGGCGAUAUAACGAACCGUCCUGUUUGUUUUCUCUCAGUAGUAAGUCUUAAAGUUGGCUUUUCCUAAUAUUUUUUUAACUGUUUGACUUUCUCACAUUCAGAGUGACCGUUUCUUCCAUUUCAACGCGAUUUCUCGAACCUAAAUGAUGACUUUUCCCUGUUGGUGUAAACAGCGUGAUGCGUAAAGACGCAUUGGAGAAAUCGAAUAGAGAAACCAGCGAAAUGUUUGUUUUUUCUUUCUUUCACGUAUUAGUUGUUAAAAGUUGUUGUUGUUGUUGUUGUUGUUGAUGUUUUGCUGCGUAAAUCGUGAAAUUCAGUGUCACAUUUUAGGCUGAUUAGCGUCCAGGACUGAUCUAACAUUUGGAAGCGAACCCUGGAAUAAAACGCAUAAGGCGCACAGCUCCAUACUGAAGUGUUUAAGUUAGUCUGAGGGGAAAUUUAAAAGACCUAAAAAUACAGCGUCGGUUUCUUCCCUACAAAGAAUCAUUUGAACUUCCCACCGCAGAGCGAGAACGACAUAAAUAGUUCUGACAUGUGGAUGUAAUUUCAGAAGAGGGAAAAAAAAGAGACUGAUGCGGAGAAAUGAGGAGAGCGCGCUGAUGCGGAGCGUAUAUAACAGAUUAUAGCGUAUUAAAAACCAGGGCGAGUGCAGAGUUAUGAUUUCACAAGCAGCCAUCGGCAUCAAGAGGCCAGAUGGAGUAAGACAAAAUUGAGUUGAGUAGAUCAAACGGUUCGAGCAUCACCAGCGUGUUUGAGCCCUGAGAGGACGUCGGGGAUGGGGUCCACUCUGCUGCUGCACAAUCUGGACUUUCUUCUCCUCUCACUCCUCAGCUCUAUAUGCCUGGUUUGUGCAGAUGAUGUGCUCACAAAAGAGGAACAAAUCGGUCUGGUGUUCAAAGCCAAGCGGAAAUGUGAGGGCAACAUCAAGUCAAAGGACAAGAUACCCGAUAGAUUCUGUGCUCCUGAGUGGGACGGUGUCGUUUGCUGGCCCGAAGGCCCGCCGGGAACACUGGUAUCCACUGCAUGUCCCGAGUAUAUUUAUGACUUCAACCACAAAGGGCUGGCAUAUCGCCGGUGUGACAGCAACGGUACAUGGGAGCUGGCUGCAGCAAAUAAGACAUGGGCCAAUUACAGUGAAUGUGCUAAAUUCCUUUACCAUUACAACCACAACCAUGAAAAGGAGGCCUUUGAUCGCCUGUAUCUCAUCUACACCGUGGGCUAUUCCGUCUCUCUAGGAUCACUAAUGGUGGCUGUCAGCAUUUUGGGCUAUUUCCGACGACUGCACUGCACCAGGAACUACAUCCACAUGCACCUCUUUGUGUCCUUCAUGCUCAGAGCUGUCAGUAUUUUUGUGAAAGAUGUCGUGCUCUACUCCGAUUUGGGCUUAGAAGACAUGGAGAGAGUCACAGUGAUGGAAGAUCUCAAGUCCAUCACCGAGGCACCGCCUUCCAACAGAACGCAGUAUAUUGGCUGUAAGGUGGUGGUGACCUUGUUUUUGUACUUUCUGGGAACAAGUUACUACUGGAUCCUGGUGGAGGGUCUGUACCUCCACAGCCUCAUCUUUAUGACCUUCUUCUCUGACCGAAAGUAUCUGUGGGCAUUCAUUCUGUUUGGAUGGGGUGUACCAGCUAUAUUUGUGACUAUCUGGGCUAGUGUCAGAGCCACAUUGGCAGACACAGAGUGUUGGGACUUAAGUGCUGGCAUCUUUAAAUGGAUCGUUCAAGCGCCGAUGCUGAUGACUGUUGUGAUUAAUUUUAUAUUGUUUCUGAACAUAAUCCGAGUUUUGGCAACUAAACUGCGAGAGACAAAUGCUGGAAGGUGUGACACAAGGCAGCAGUACAGAAAACUGCUGAAGUCAACGUUGGUGCUGAUGCCAUUGUUUGGUGUUCACUAUAUUAUAUUCAUGGCCAUGCCGUACACAGAGGUCAAUGCACUUCCCUGGCAAGUCCAGAUGCACUAUGAGAUGUUGUUCAACUCUUUCCAGGGAUUCCUUGUUGCAAUUAUAUAUUGUUUUUGCAAUGGAGAGGUUCAAGCUGAGAUCAAGAAAUCGUGGAACAGGAGGACACUGGCCCUGGACUUCAAGAGGAAAACCCGUAGCGGGAGCAACACUUACAGUUACGGGCCGAUGGUAUCACACACUAGUGUUACCAAUGUCACUGCCAGAGGACCACUGGCCCUCCACCUCAAUGCCCGGCCCGGCCCGGCGCCUGUGAAUGGACACCGGAGCCUUCCCGGGUAUGUGAAGAACGGCUCCGUUUCCGAGAACUCGAUACCUUCAACAGGCCAGGAGCUCCACAUUCCCAAGGAACAGAAUUCUGCUCAUACACGGUCCUGCGAGGAGGAGAAACCCUCACCUGUGGUGGAGGAGGAGAGAGAGACAGUCAUGUGACCUAAAGGACCCUGCAUAAGGAUGAAAGGGUGAGG